AUGGAGGCAGCCGAAGGGCUGCUGCUGCAGCAGCAGCAGCCGCUGCUGCUGCAGCAGCAGCAGCAGCAGCCCCCAGAAGUGUUCCCUGUGGGCGCUGCAGGCCCUCGUGAAGGGGCAGCAGCAGCAGCUGCUGCAGCAGCAGUUGUGGCGGCAGCAGUGGAAGCAGCAGGCGCCACGGCCGUCGCAGCAGCAGCAGCAGCAGCACCGUCAGCAGCAGGCGAAGAGCUGAAGCGCGAGGCGGGGCAGGGCCCCGAAGAAGGGGCCCCCAGCAGCAGCAAAACUGCAGCAGCAGCAGCAGCACUCUUUGCCCUCAGCGAGGAAGACCUCAGGAACACAUACACCCGCAUCCGCCGUGCUGCUGCUGCACUGCAGCAGGAGCUGCAGGAGCAGCAGCAGCUGCUGCUGCAGCACGUGCGCCGCCGCAGGGCCCUCGACUUGGAGAUCGCCGAGCUCAAGAGCCGCGCCAGUGCCCUCCCCAGCAGCAGCAGCAGCAACAGCAACAGCAGCAACAGCAGCAGCAGCAGCAGCAGCAAUGACGAACAAGUUCCCAGAUUUCUCAAAGAAGACCCUCUUGCUGCAGUCCCUGCUAUGAUUGGGGGCCUCAUUGGCCGCUACAAAAAGCCGGCGCAGCAGCUAGGGGCCUCGCUGCUGAGCGGGGUGCAGCAGCUGCAGCAGCAGCUGCAGCAGGAGCUGCGGCAGCUGCAGCAGCAGCAAAAAAAGGCAGAAGCAGAAAGGAAGGCAGAGCUCAUGGCCAAGGCCCUGCAAAGACACCAGGAGCGCCUCGAGCUCAUGGAAAUCCAAAGGCUCAAGAGCCAGUACCAGCAGCAGCAGCAGCAGCAGCAGCAGGAGCUGCAGCAGCAGCAGCAGCAACCGAAGCAGCAGCUGCUGCAGCCGCAGCAGGUGCUGCAAGAGCAGCAGAUGCUGCAGGAGCAGCAGCUGGAGCAGCAGCUGCUGCAGCAACGCCAGCUGCGGCAGCAGCGGCAGCUGCAGCAGCAGCAGCUAAUGCAGCGGCGCCAAGUGCUGCAGCAGCCGUGCAGUUCUGCUGCUGCUCGCAGCGUGGCGCAGCAGCAGCAAAGAAGAGACAGAGGGACUCUCAUGGCGCGGCUUCAUCGGCUCUUUAGCGAUCCUGUACCUGCUGCUGCUGCUGCUGCGGAAGAAACAGCAGCAGCAGCGGAAAAGGCAGCAGCAGCUGCAGCGGCAGGGCUACCAGCAGAAGCAGCAAGAGUGAACAAUGGGAAGCUUGCAGCGGCUAUGAAGCAACAACAGCAUCAGCAUCGGCUGCGGCAAUUGCCGCAGCAGCAGUUGCUGCAGCAGCAGCAACAGCAGUUGCUGCAGCAGCAGCAGCAACAGCAGUUGCUGCAGCAGCAGCAGCAACAGCAGUUGCUGCAGCAGCAGCAGCAACAGCAGUUGCUGCAGCAGCAGCAGCAGGGUGCAGCCGUAGUGCCCGCCACUCAGAUAUUUCGGAUUUGCUCUGAUGUGGAAUCGAGCCCUGAAAAGUGCAGCAGCAGCAGCAAGGACACCAGCAGCAGCAAGAGCAGCAGCAGCAACAACGGUCGUGGAAAAGUUGCUGCAGCUGGGCAGCCGGCAGCAUGCGCCUCUUCCGGUCCCUCAAGCCCGAGCAGCAGCAGCAGCAGCAGCAGCAGCAACAACAGUAGCAGCAGCAGAGGGGCGCGUAUUGUGCGCUCUCCAUCUGCUGCUGCUGCAGCUGCUGCAGCAGCACCUCGCGUGUCAGACCCCUCCUCGCCCUCAGCGGCGUCGCCCGCAGUAGCAGCAGCAGCAAGUGCUGCUGCUGCUGCGGGCGACGCCGCUGAGGGCGAGGAGGAGGCUGACACGCGAGGAGCUGCUGCAGCAGCUGCAGCAGCAGCAGAUGGAGAGCGCACAAUACGCGCCCCUCUGCUGCUGCUACUGUUGGGCAGUGCAAUGGCACCACCCCUGCUGCAGCUGCUGAUGUUGCCGCUGCUGCAGCAGCAGCUGCUGCUUUUGCUGCUGCUGCAGUUGCUGCUGCUGGUGCUGCAGGCGGUGCGUGUGUAUGUGUGCAUGGGCUGGCUGGAGUUGUACGUGUGCGAACACCGCAGCAGCACGGGGGCCCCUCCGCGCAGCCCAUUCGCAGCAGCGGCAGCAGCAGCUGCUGCUGCUGCUGCAGCAAGCAGCCUGAGGUGUACGUACACUCGAACCGCCUCUGCCCGCGCUGCUGCUGGUCACCAGCACUGCAGCGCAGCGCCCGCAGCGGCCCCACAUAAAGCUGCAGCAGCAGCAAAAGCAGCAGUAAAAGCAGUUCUAACUCACUUGCAGCAGCAGCAGCAGCAGCAGGAAGAAGGCCCGUCGCUCGGCAGCAAGCCGCGCCGAACACCGCAGCAGCAGCAGCAGCAGCACUAUCGCUGGGGUGUCCUCUGUGGACUCUUUUCGAGAAGCGGCUCCUGUGGUCUCCGGAGCUGUGGUUUGUGGUCUGAAGCUGCAGACUUAGGGCUGUAUUUGUUUGCGAGUUUUCUGAAAAGCCCCCCCAGCUUUUUCGUGCUGCAGUCCGCGGGGCAGCUGGGCAGCCUCUUAGCAGCAGAUAGUCAGCUGUUUGCUGCUGUGCUGCUGGGGGGAGUUCCUUCGCUGCUGCGCUAUUUAAAUUCUGCUGCUGGCGGUUCUCUGGCUUUGCUGCUGCUCAACAAAACCCUCACUGCUGCGGGGCUGCUGCUGCUCCCCGCUGCAGCAGCCACGGCGCUCCUCGUCGCCAGGCGGCUGAAGCGGCUGCGGCAGGAACGGCAAGCGGCAGAAAGCCGGUGGUCUUCUUUGGUGCUGGACCGGCUGUACGCACACCGCGCGGUGUACGUACACCAGCAGCAGCAGCAGGAAGAAGCUCGUGCUGCUGCUGCAGCGCAGCAGCUGCUGGCAGCAGCAGCAGCAACUGCCAGGGCCAGCGGCUGCCUCAUGGGCGCCAUUUCCUUUGCUUCCAACUUGUCUCUCCUUCUUGUCCUCUACUCGGGGGCCACUCUCUUGAGAAACAAAACCCUGAGCUACGGGGGCCUCACUUCCUUCGUAGUUUACGCAGCAAUGGUUGCUGCUGGCGCCAGCGGCUUGGCUUCGCUUUCUGGGGAGUGGGCGAAGGGGCGUGCUGCAGCAGAAAGAAUGUUUGCUGCUAUCCAGCCCUCGCUGCAGCAGCAGCAGCAGCAGCAGCAGGGGGGGUUCUCUGUCGAGCGGCUCAGGGGCGAAAUCGAGUUCCACAACGUCACGUAUCUGUACAGCGAGGACGUGGCUAGCAGCAGCAGCAGCGAGGACAGCAGCAGCAGCAGCGAGGACAGCAGCAGCAGCAGCCCGGGGAGCAGCAGCAGCAGCGAGGACAGCAGCAGCAGCAGCCCGGGGAGCAGCAGCAGCAGCGACAGCAGCAGCAAAAGCGAAGGCGCGGGCGGCGUGCGCAGCAUUUCCUUUCGAGUCCGCCCCGGAGAGCUGCUGGGCAUUGCGGGGCCCUCGGGCGCGGGCAAAAGCACUUUGCUGAAGUUGCUGCUGAAGGAACUCAGGCCCCAGAAGGGGCGCAUCACCGUCGACGGGAUCGACCUGGAGACGAUCCCCACAUCAAUUUGGCUGCGGCAUGUACUGGGCGUGGUCAGCGACAGCAGCAGCAAAUUAUUUGGGGGCUUGACAGUGAAGGAGAACAUUCAGUACGCAGGCUGGAGUGCUGCUGCUGCUGCAGACGCGGGCGCAGCAGCAGCAGCAGAAGCAGCAGCAGCAGCAGCGAACUGCUCGGGCUUCCUGCAGCGGCUGCCUCACGGGCUCGACACCGUCGUCGGGGAGGGCCCCGGGGCCCCCGGGGGGCCCCCGGGGGCCCCCGGGGGCCCCGGCUUCAGCAGCGGGGAGCAGCAGCGGCUGGGGAUUGCCAGGGCCCUUUACAAGCAGCCGCGCAUUUUGCUGCUGGAUGAACCCUCAAGUGCUUUAGAUGCUGAGGCUGAGCGGGCAUUCACGGAGGCCCUGGCCAACGUCAUGCAGCCGCAGCAGCAGCAGCAGCCGCAGCAGCAGCAGCAGCAGCAGGCGAAGGAGGCGGCGGCGGAGGACGCGCCCGAGCAGCAGCAGCAGCAGCAGCAGCAGGUGCUGUGCGCGCUGCUGGUCGCCCACAGCCCCGCCGUGCUGCAGCGCGCCUCGAGGCUGCUGGUGCUGCGGCGAGGCGCUGUUGUGGAGUCGGGGGUUUACGAGGAGCUGCUGCAGCAAAAAGGCACGCUGCAUGCGCUGCUCACCGGAGACUCCAAACCCUAA